GCCAUUUCCUCACUGGUGUAUCUUCUCACCCUGCGCUCACUCAACGCUCUCGACUGAGUGUGGCAGCCUUUGGUAGAGAUGACUGACAGCGCUGUUUACUACACAUUGGAGCUGCCGGCUGCACCUCAAGCCCAAGAGGAGUCCAGACGGAAGCCCAAAGCUGUCUUACCCAGGCCCCGCAGUCUUUCCUGCCUUGUGACAGUGGCUUUGGGGCUUUUGACCAUGAUUCUCAUUCUCAUGAGUUUGCUGAUGUACCAACGGAUCCUGUGCUGUGGCUCCAAGGACUCUGUGUGUGCCCACUGCCCCAGCUGCCCCAACUUCUGGAUGAAGAAUGGUAGCCACUGUUACUAUUUCUCAGUGGAGCAAAGGGAUUGGAAUUCUAGUUUGGACUUCUGUGCAGACAAAGGCUCACAUCUCCUUACGUUUCUGGAUGAACAGGAAGUGAUCCCGUUCCGAGAGCUCUUGGGCGUGGACUUUUACUGGAUCGGCUUGAGGAACAAUGGUAGCUGGAUUUGGGAAGGUGGCCCAGUUCUAAGCUUACGGAUUGCUCGUAACAGCGUGAUACAGAGAUGCGGUGCCAUCAACAGAGCUGGCCUUCAAGCCUCUAGUUGUGAAGUCCCUUUGCAGUGGAUUUGUCAGAAGACCAUACACUGAUGGAUGCCACUAUGUUCUGGGCCUUGGCUCUGCCACAUGUCUUUAAAAAGAGGGAACUGGCCCGGGAAAUCUUUGUUCACAAAUGUAUGCCUCACAAACACCAAACCUCCUAUGAUAUGCCAUCAGACAGAGGAUCAGCAUAGCCUCCUGGGGGGUGACAUUUUCCUGCUGGGCUUUUUUGGAGACUCUUUAAGUAAGUAUUAUGCUAGCCAUUUAAAGUCUAGAUCCGGGCAAAUGAAAUAGAUAAAGUUUGUUUUAAUGGUUGGCUCCCUUAUCCCCGUCUCUGCCAUCUCUGUCAAUGAUAUGUGGCAAACUAUUUAUCCACAAAAGAAGAAUGCAACUCUGCCAUGUUCACAUGUUACAUGGAGAUCAACUGGAAAGAAAAACACACACCUCACGUUCUCACUCAUGCUUGGAAGCUAAACAAGUUUGUGCUGUAGUUGUAGGGAGAAGCGCGGUAGUUACAGAGUCCGGGAGCGGAACGGAGCGGUCCAGGUUGGCUAAUGGUUUGCCUGGAGUGCUCCGUAGCUCAGUGGGGUGACAAUAAUGAUCAGUAAUUACUGUGUGGCUACCAAUUUAUUGUGAAUUUCAAAAUAGCUAGUUGAAAGGACUAUGGGUAUUGCCAAAUGCCUGAGAGGAUAGAGGAACUGACCACUCUGACUGGAUCACUGACAUUUUAUACCUACAUUGAAAUAUUGUGCUGUACCCCACAAAUGUGCACAAUUGUUAUGUAUCAUUUAAAAAUUAAAAUCAAA